GCCGGCAUGGAGGCGCUGGGCACGCAGCUGGGCCCGGCCGGCGAGGGCAGUGCGUCCCCCGGCGCCAAGCAGGAGCUGCAGCCCUACCCGGGCGCCGGCGCGCUCAAGCCCAACCAGGUCGGCGAGACGUCGCUGUACGGGGUGCCCAUCGUGUCGCUGGUCAUCGACGGGCAGGAGCGCCUGUGCCUGGCGCAGAUCUCCAACACGCUGCUCAAGAACUUCAGCUACAACGAGAUCCACAACCGCCGCGUGGCGCUGGGCAUCACGUGCGUGCAGUGCACCCCCGUGCAGCUGGAGAUCCUGCGGCGGGCCGGGGCCAUGCCCAUCUCGUCCCGGCGCUGCGGGAUGAUCACCAAGCGCGAGGCCGAGCGCCUGUGCAAGUCGUUCCUGGGCGAGCACAAGCCGCCCAAGCUGCCGGAGAACUUCGCCUUCGACGUGGCGCACGAGUGCGCCUGGGGCUCGCGGGGCAGCUUCAUCCCCGCGCGCUACAACAGCUCCCGCGCCAAGUGCAUCAAGUGCGGCUACUGCAGCCUCUACUUCUCGCCCAACAAGUUCAUCUUCCACUCCCACCGCACGCCCGACGCCAAGUACACGCAGCCCGACGCGGCCAACUUCAACUCGUGGCGCCGCCACCUCAAGCUCAGCGACAAGUCGGCCACCGACGAGCUGAGCCACGCGUGGGAGGACGUCAAGGCCAUGUUCAACGGGGGCACCCGCAAGCGGACCUUCUCGCUGCAGGCAGCCGGCGGCGCCGGGGGCAAGGGCGGCGCGGGGGCGGCGGGCGCCCCCGGGUGCGGCGGCGCGGACCUGGGUCCCCCCGGGCCGCCCCCGCCGCCGCACAAGAGCCUCCGCUGCGCCGACGACGAGCCGCCCGGGCCGCCCCCGCCGCCGCCGCCGCCCCCGCCGCGCGCCCUGGGCCUAGCCGGCGCGGGGGCCCCCGCGGGCCCCGGGGGUGCGGGCGGCGCGGGGGUGCGCAGCUACCCGCUCAUCCCGGUGCCCAGCAAGGGCUUCGGCCUCCUGCAGAAGCUGCCGCCGCCGCUCUUCCCGCACCCUUACGGCUUCCCCGCCGCCUUCGGGCUUUGCGCCAAGAAGGACGAGGCGCUGCUGGGCGACCCCAAGGGCGCGGCGGGCGCGGCGGGCGCGGCGGGCACCGGCGGCGGCACCGGCGGGGGCGGCGGACACCUGCCCGCGGGCCCCGGGCCCGGGCCGGCCGGCGGGGCCAUGUUCUGGGGCGCCCCGCCGCCCGGGGCCGCCAAGGAUGCGGUGGCCGCCGUGUACCCGCCGUUCCCGGUGUUCUGGCCGGCGGCGGGCAGCCUCCCGGUGCCGCCCUACCCCGCGGCGCAGAGCCAGGCCAAGGCGGUGGCGGCGGCCGUGGCGGCGGCGGCCGUGGCGGCGGCGGCGGCCGGGGGCCCCGAGGCGCUGGACGGGCCGGACGCGGCCCCCGAGGCUGCGGGCGCGGAGGAGCGGUGUCCGAGCGCGCGGUCCCGGGGGCCCCUGGACGACGACGGCGCGGACGAGGCGCUGCCCCCGCCGCUGGCCCCGCUGCCGCCGCCGCCGCCGCCGCCCGCCGCCCGCAAGGGUCCCUACGUGUCGGCCUUCCGGCCGGUGGUCAAGGACGCCGAGAGCAUCGCCAAGCUGUACGGGGGCGCCCGCGACGCCUACGGCCCACCGCGGGCGGCGGGCGGCUACACCAGCCCGGACUUCCUGAGCGAGGGCAGCUCCAGCUACCGCUCCGCCUCUCCGGACGCGGACACGGCCGAGGAGCCCGAGGUGGACGUGGAGUCCAACCGCUUCCCCGACGACGGCGGCGCCCCGGACCGGGCCGAGCCCGCCGGCCCCGACGCUGACCCGGCCGCGGGCGCCCCGCUCGCCGACGGAGCCCCGGACUCGCCCGCCGGCGGCAGCCCGCGCCCCCUGCGCCGCCCCGCGCCGGCCUUCGGGGAGCUGGCGGCCGAGAGGAGCCCCCCGGGGGGCGGCGGCUUCGAGCUGGGGGGGCCCACGCCAGCCAAGCCGCCGCAGGUGUACGGGCCCCAGCGGGACGAGCACGGGAAGAGCGCGGCGCUGGGGCCCGCGGCCUCCUACCUCUGCAGCCCCGAGGCCCACGAGCCAGACAAGGACGACAAUCACUCAGCGGCGGAAGACCUGGAAGCCAGGAAAGGCUACCCAGACCAAAGGAGCCUAUCCCAGCCCAGCCCCGCCAACACUGACCGAGGCGUCUCUCAGGACAGAAUCCCUCUUUCCUGCCCUUGCACCCCAGGAGAAGAUGGACUCACUCUGGAUGUCACCGGCACGCAGCUGGUGGAGAAGGAUCUGGAGAACCUGGCCAGAGAGGAGUUGCAGAAGCUGGUCCUGGAGCAGGUGGAGCUUCGCAAGAAGCUGGAACGGGAAUUCCAGAGCCUCAAAGAUAAUUUCCAGGACCAGAUGAAGAGGGAGCUGGCAUAUCGGGAAGAGAUGGUCCAGCAGCUGCAGAUUGUGCGAGACACGCUGUGUAACGAGCUGGACCAGGAGCGGAAGGCCCGCUACGCCAUCCAGCAGAAGCUGAAAGAAGCCCACGACGCCCUGCACCAUUUCUCCUGCAAGAUGCUCACGCCGCGGCAUUGCACGGGCAACUGCUCCUUCAAGCCCCCGCUGCUGCCCUAGUUCCCCAGCGCCCCCCAGCGCUGUGCUCUCAAGCCGUGCUCCUCCGCAUGGGGUCCCAGCCAGGAACAAGCCAUUGGGCCCCCAGCGAUGUGAAUAAUGACUCUGCACUGACCCCCGGGGUCGGGGCCUGGCCGUCCCCACCCAGGUCACCUCCCUUCUGGGGUCACCCCGAGUUCCUUUCUGAGUGUAAAUAGCAGCCUCCUCACAGUCGAGCUCGGGGCGGCAGACUUCAGGGGGUUCCAUGGGCCGAGGGGGUAAGAAAGAGGACGGGAGGGGGGCUCCCCCAGCCUGGGCCCCCCCCUUGUGAGUACACCGGCCGAGGCCGUGCCCUCCCACCCCUCCACUGCCACACCUGGUUCCCGUGACAACGUGGCAAUGGGCACCCUUGUGCUGGGGGCGGCUCCUGGCCUGGACCCCCCAACCCAGUCCUGGUUUUGUUUGUUUUGUUUUGUUUUGGGCUUUGCUUUCGCCUUCCUGGCUUUGUUUCUUUGUGAACUCCUGAUGUCACAGCACUUUAAAAAGAAAAAAAAAAAAAAAAAAGGGCGACCACGGACUAGGACCACGGACUAGGACUCAAGGCGGCAUGGAGACCACCCGGAGCCUGUUUGGGGACACCACCCUGUAUCUGUGACUUUUGUUUGGGUUUUAAUAAUAAAAA